AUGAGCCCAAAUACGUUGGCUCCUAAUGACAUCCUCACGGAUGACAGUUACUUCAUGUGGGAAUUUAAUGCACGCAUGAAACUCGCGCGCAAGGAUCUUUUGGAUCACGUUUUGAUUAAGCCAGAGCCGGCAGUGCUGCGGGAGAAUCCCGGAUGGAAAGUCGCCGAUAUGAAGGCUCUGGCUGUACUGGUGAAGCUAAUCUCUUCAACCUAUCAGUGCAUGGUUCGGGAAUGUGAGUCUGCGUUUGAAGCUUGGGAGGUUCUGAAGACGUUCUUUGCGAAGAAAAAUCUUCACAACCGAGUGCAACUUCGGAAAGAAUUACAUGAAUUUGUGAUGGAGACUGGUGCGAGUCUUAUGGACCAUCUACUAAAAUUUGAUGAGCUGUGUCUCAAGCUCGGAGCUGCCGGUGACAGCAUGGAUGAUGAUGAAAAGCUAGUUUUGCUUUUGGGAAGUUUAUCAUCCGAAUAUGAUGAUAUGGUGCGCAUCAUUGAGGCGCACAGCAACGUGACGCUGUUAGACGCAAAAGAGAUGCUCCGCCGGGAGUAUGACACUCUUCAGAAGCGAGACAAGAAGGAAACCGCUUUUACGGCACACGCUCAACGUAAUGAACCUCGACGCUUUCAAAGUAACCGAGGACACCGUGGACAAGAAGAAAAUCGAGAUCGCUACCAAACUUCGAGGAAAGGAAAAGCUCAUGCGAGUUUUCAAGGCAAAUGCUUUGCGUGUGGCCGGCAUGGACACAAGAGAUCGCAGUGUCGUAACGUGAAACCAUCGAGACCUGGUGAUGAAUUCGUUUUUUCGGCAUUCAGUGACGAACCAAUUUUGAAUUCAACUUGGUUGCUGGAUAGUGGGGCAACUCGUCAUAUGACUGAUGACAAGCGUGAAUUUGUGGAAUACGAAGAUUUAAGUACCCCAAUUUACAUCACUGUGGCAAAUGGACAUCAGUUGAAGGCGCAAGGAACAGGCAAAGCUCGAUUUAUACUCGAAAAUGGUCGUACAGUCAAACUUACGGAGGUGUUGUAUUUCAAGCGUGAUCAAGCAGUUUUGAUAAGUGACGACGUGACUGUAGCAGUAAUUAAACGAGUGGGAAAGCUGUUUGCGUGGAAUGUAAAACAACAUAUCACGUUAGAGGCACACAAGGCUGAGAGCAGUGGUGCGAUAAAUGACACUAGUGGACUGUGGCAUGCUCGCCUCGGUCAUGUGUCUACGAAAAAGAUUAUGCAAGCGAUGAAGUCUUGCGAUGGUAUUUCGAGAGUUGUCGCAUCUGAUGGCGGUGUAUGUGAUGGAUGUGCACGCGGAAAAAUGACAAACAGCCCGUUCAGUCAUAUUUCAGGAAGUGAAGUUAAAACAAGUCGACCACUUGAGGUUAUACACAUCGAUCUUAUGGGACCUAUGAAUCCGAAGUCGAAAGGUGGGGCUCUAUAUGUACUCACAUUUAUCGACGACUACAGUCGAUUUGUCUACGUAUACUUGCUAGCAGCAAAGUCCCAAGUUUUUGAGCGAUUUAAGGCGUUUCGUGCUAUGGUGGAGAAGCAAACGGAUUGCAAGAUUAAAUGCAUCCGUAGUGACAAUGGUGGAGAGUAUACGAAUCAUCGCUUUAACAAGUACUGUGCAGAUCUAGGGAUUAUCCACUAA